CACUUUCCUCUAGCUUUCAAAUUCUACGACUCCAGGCCUCGAUUUCUGCUUGAGGCCUCCACAUUUAUCCGAAGAAGCAGACAAAAUUCUAAAAUUAUAACUAGGGUUUGCUUCACGUCCAUCCAAACCCAAAACCUCGGUUUCUUCGAUUGGUAACUUAGGAUCAGAGAAUCAUGCUUCGAUUCAGCGCUUUCUGCCUCGUUUCUCUCGCCGGUUUGGUUGAUAUUUCUGUCGAUUUCCACGGGGUUUGGUCGUUCUUGUUCUGGAUUGGCCGAUUUUGGUUGCAUCGAGUUCGUUGUAAAUUUAGGAAAUCAAAAGAGGCAUACGGUUUACACUAGUCAGUCAGAUAUUGAUCAAGAGGAUUAAAUGGCAGAAAUAGAUGACAAAAAGCCGAUUGAGUCUGUAAAGGCCGCCCUAUCCUUGUUUGAGCAGAUAAAAGACCAACAAGAUUGCAGUACUAUAAACAGUCGUGAAGAACCUGAGAAAGACGUAGGCCUGCUAAUGAAGAACUUGGGAAAUUGCAAAGUGCAGUUAGAAAUUAAGGAGUCUGCCUACAUGCAGGCUGUUGUCAAGCUUGACGUUUAUCAGAGAACACUCACCGAGCUAUCUUCCAAAUUCAAGCUUUCAGAAGCUGACAGAGAUAGAUACAUGGAGGAGUUAAAGAAAUCUCAAUCAUUCAUAUCUAUGCUUGAAUCUGAAUAUGAAGUGGUUGUAGAUCAACUUGUUGAUUCUACUGAUAACUUUGAGAGACUCCUGCAGACUAUAGACGAGUUGAAACAUACGAAAGAAGAGUUGCUGCGGUUAAAAGCUGAACUCAUUGCUGCCAAAGAAUCGAAGGAAUUAGCUGCGAAAGCUGUAAGUGUAGAGAAAGAGAAGAACAAGGAGCUUUUGGCCCAAGUAUCAGAGCUCAACAAGGCAAUUCUUGAAUCUGAGCUGGAAACAAUCAAAGCAGAGAAAGUAAGGAUCACUUUCUUUGAAGCAGUGGAGGAAGAGCUGCAAGCUACGACAAAAGCAGUUAUUCAAUCUCACGAGCAAUUAGUACAGAUGAGAAUGCAAUUGCGUAUAGUCGAGGAUUUAAGAAAUGAGCUGCUGGAGAAAACUAUCUUAUCUGACUACUACCAGUUAGAACUAAUCCAAACAAAGGAGUUGCUCACUACAAGUAUGGAAACUGAGAUAUCUGAAAGCAACGAAAGAGAGUUGGCUCUGCAGAUAGAGAUUGCAACUUUGAAAUCCGAAAUCCACAAGAACAGGUCAAGAAUCGCUGCUGCGGAGGCAGCAGAAGCACGAGCUAUGAGUUCACAGAUACAGCUGGCACUGGAAGCAGAGGCGGCUAAGGAGGAAGCAGAAACAAUGAAACUUGAAAUGUGUUAUGGUAUAACAAUUUCUAUUGAGGAAUAUGAAACUUUGAUACAGAAGUCUAAGAUGGCAGAUGAGAGAAGUUCAAAACUCGAUGCUGCUAAUUCUGAGAUUGGCGACCUGAAGUUCGCUCUAGAGGAAGCUAACAGAAGGGCAGAGAUGGCUGAGAAGGCUAAAUUGGCGGUUGAAGGGCAGCUGAGGAGAUGGAGAGAUCAGCAAAAAAAGAGAAGGGAAGGUUCGGAAAUAGUAGAAGAGAAAUCUGGAAGGAGAAGUAUUGGGCAUGAGAAAGCUGCAGCAUAUAAGCAUAGGACUGUUUCUUUGCAAGAAGGCAAGGUUUUCAAUUAUGUGCCCCUUGGAAAGGUUCUCAAUAUGAAGUUUUAGGAGUUUUAUAUAUGAUGCUAGAUUUUGGUUGGACUUUGUUGUGUGAUGACUGAUGAGCCUCAAAACUUCUUGUCUCUGUUUCCAU